AUGAAACGGGCGGCGUCUUCACUUCCGCUCCACGAUGACUUGCUCCUCGAGAUCGUCACCUGGCUCAAAGACGACAUGGCGGCGCUCUUUCGGUGCGCCAUGGUGUGCAAGCUGUGGCGUCGCCUCGUGGCAAAUCCCUCCUUCCUCCGGCGCUGUUGGCCGGAGGACACGUCCGCCUCAAUCACCGGCUUCUUCACGAGGGAGCAACGCCCUGGACAAGGGGUGGGGGCGCCGUGCUUCGUCCCUGCGCCGGGGUCGGCGAUGGGCCGUGGUUGCCAUGCCCUUACCACCUUCGUGCAGCCUACCGGCCAGAAGUUAGAUCACGCGGAGCCGCUUGUCUCACGCCACGGCCUCCUACUCGUGCGCCUUCCCUCCCAUGGCUCGAGGGUCGUCCACCUGGCGGUGUGCAAUCUGCUCGUCGGCGAGUGCCACGUUCUACCACCUCUAAAGUGCGGCAAGGUCGACCCCCUUCACUUGGACUGGAGUGGGUACGCUAUUUUGAGUGGUGUGGAUAGCUGCUCUUACAACCAGCAGCCACCACCGAGCAACGAUGCGUCGUCCUUCAAAGUGGUAAUCAUCGACCUGGACUACAAUCUCUACACGUUCGCAUCUGAUAAAGGGAGCUGGAGCACGGCGAGCAGAUGCUUCGGCGAUGAGGCUACCAGCAACUAUACCGCGGUUUAUCAUGGCCCUGCCGUCGUGUGCCGCGGCACGGCACACUGGCUCUUUUACGAAGGGAUGAUGCCAGGUUUAUGCAUUGUUGGUAUGGAAGCUAAGACGGGCCACAUCACCUUGACAAGGAUCCCCUUUGAGAUGGACGACAUGAGAUAUCGCCCGUGCCUUACCCUCUCCACCGAUGGGACACUUUCGCUAAUCUAUAUCGAAAGGGAAGAUGCCCGGGUACUUAUCUGGGAAAUUUUGGACGAGACUACAAACUGCCUCUGCACUCGGAGUAUCGAGUUACAAGAACCAGGCAAGAAGCUUACUCAAAGCAUAUCAAGCUUGCACAUGUUAGGAGAAAAGUACGGGACGAUGAUUGCCCAGGGCAGUAGUUUGUGCGUGUAUGUUGUCGACCUUGAAACCGAGACGGUGGAGGAGCUGCUAGAUUGGCCUAACCGUCAUGCUAACCGUGUGGAUGUCGUGCCAUUGCAAAUGAGUUGGUUGACAUUCUUCCUUUCUCGGCUUGGUAGUCGGUAG